UUUUUAGCUUGAGCGACCAACGACCUGACGGAUUGUUCGGAUAGAGAGGACAGUGGAAUACGUGGACUGGAUCAGCGGACACUUACGUAAAUUCCUGCUGUUAUUUAAUGACAAAUUUAGUUUUAUUAGUUUAACCGCAUUCGACCAUCAAGACUCGAUCACUUUUGGCCAUCUCCUUCAUCGCAAAUAUAUCACACUGUCUGCUUUUGUACGAUGGAUUACCCUGCAAAGCGUUCCCGGAAUGAUACUUCUGGUGCUUCCACUGCACAGUUCUACAACAGCACAGGAACGGUUCCAAGUAAUAUCCAACUGAGGCCGGAUAUCUAUAGGCUAAUUACUACGUACCCCAGCUGCACAAUUAUCGCUUACGAGCUUCCAGAUGGCUGUUCUGAGAACGAUUUGUUUGCAAUAUUCAAUCAGUUCGGCGAAAUUAAACACACGAAACUGGUAUGCUCAGGGAAAGCUGGACUUGUGCAAUUUUCCGAGGUUUCGUCACCCACCCGGCUUGUUCACAUGGCAAAAAUUAAUCCUUUUUAUAUUGGUUCCAAUCAUGUUUGUCUGGAGUUUUCUGCUGAAUCAAUUGCUCCUUUGUUGGUAUCGCAAAUCGACACUGGGCGACCACAACACAACUCGAAUGUUUGUCUGGAGUUUUCUGCUGAAUCAAUUGCUCCUUUAUUGGUAUCGCAAAUUGACACUGGGCGACCACAACCACCACUCGAGGAACAAACAAGAAUUCUCCUCUUAGACAUCGCCGCUGCUGACUACCCUAUAACCGUCGACGUAAUCAGGUCAAUUUGUCAACCACACGGCAAAGUGGUUCGUAUUUUCAUUGGAAAGAAAAACGUAGACAGGUCUGUUGAGGCUUUAGUAGAGCUUGAUACAAUCGAGGAUGCCAGGAAGGUGAAAGAGCAGUUAGAUGGCGCUGACAUUUAUUAUGGGUGUUGCACGCUAAAAGUAACGUAUUCAAGAAUUUCAAGGGUUCAUGUCACAAAAAACGACAGUGAAUCUUGGGAUUUUUCCUGCUCUAACGAAAUUCUUAACGGUGGUUCUGGGCACCGUACGUUACUUGGUUACGGGCAGCCAGCGUGCUUGCAAACUUCUCAGCCACCAGUUCCAGCCUCUUCUGUUCACACGUACUCCUCUCACCUACCUUCUUCCGAGUACAAACCUGAGAUUAACGUAACCAACACACCUGCCACACAAGUAUCUCCACCAUGUCCACCUUCCCUCACAGUUCCAGCUGCAGCUCCCGCCUUGCAGCCGCAACCUGCCUUGCCAAUGCCAGUGGUCCCGCAAACUGCACCUCCAAUGUCGUACUAUUCAAUGCCAUGCUAUCCCGUCCCGCAAAUGUAUGGGUCAUCACCGCCUGCUACUUAUAUGCAACCUCCUUAUUGUUCUAGCUAUGCAACCUCGGUAGCUAAUUCUGUAACGCCCAACAAUAAACCGGCCCCGAAGGUGUUGACAGAUAUCAAAGUCCUUCCCACACCUCCGCCGGUACACCAAGUCAAUUCGGACGGAAUCGGUAUUGGUCAUGCUACAACGGCUUCUUCUGCCCCAUCCCAUCGAGUGUCGAAGAAUGAUUGUGUAUUCGAAUGCGUUGAGGGUGUAGUUAUUAUGGCAUGCAAUCUACCCCCGACAAUGAACUGCGACCACUUGUUCAAUUUGCUGUGUCCAUAUGGAAAUAUAGCGCGCAUUCGGUUUCUGAAAUCUCGUCGCGGAUCUGCGAUGGUUCAGUUAGGAACAGCAGAGGCUGCUGAGUUUGUCCAUCAGUAUUACAACGGCAGGACAGUUUUUGGUCACAAAAUUCGAUUCAGUUCAAGCAAGCAACCUCAGCUGGUCGAGUAUCCGAACCUUGGUACUCUUGAUGAUGGUUCGCCAGUAAUGAAAAACUAUAUUGAUGAUCCUAACAAUCGUUUUCGAAACCCAGCGAUUGCUGCAAAAAGUAGAAUUACAGCGCCAUCUCGCACGCUGCACUUUUUCAACUUGCCGCUAAAUAUCUCUCUCCAGGAUGUAUGCCGCAUUUUCACGGACUGCGGAGCUGUUAGUCCUCCGCGCCUUCUGCUCUUCAAUCAAAAACCCGGGCAAAUGACAUCGCUAGGUCUGGCUGAAUGGGAUACGCUAGCUGAGGCUCUGGAGGCAAUGGUUCUAGCUAAUCAUCGUCCAGUACAUGUCUCUGGGCUUGUCAACCCGUUUCACCUUAAGCUUGCCUUUAGUCCUAACCCAAUUGCAAAAGGAUUUGGAAACUCACUGAUACAAUAUCCUGCACCGCCGUUUGCGGAAACACCAGCUGGCUAUGAAUACAAGGAUGAUACAACAGAAACACCAGUUGAAGAAGAGGACCUGUUACUGAACGAUCAGUCGAACUCUCAGUGUAAUGGCACCUCAGAAGACAACUCACCAAAUAAGACUCAAGCAGAAGCAGAAGAAAGCCAAAACCAGUCGCCUUCAAGUGAACUUCAGUGCUCGUCAGAUGAACGUCUGGCUGAAUGGGAUACGCUAGCUGAGGCUCUGGAGGCAAUGGUUCUAGCUAAUCAUCGUCCAGUACAUGUCUCUGGGCUUGUCAACCCGUUUCACCUUAAGCUUGCCUUUAGUCCUAACCCAAUUGCAAAAGGAUUUGGAAACUCACUGAUACAAUAUCCUGCACCGCCGUUUGCGGAAACACCAGCUGGCUAUGAAUACAAGGAUGAUACAACAGAAACACCAGUUGAAGAAGAGGACCUGUUACUGAACGAUCAGUCGAACUCUCAGUGUAAUGGCACCUCAGAAGACAACUCACCAAAUAAGACUCAAGCAGAAGCAGAAGAAAGCCAAAACCAGUCGCCUUCAAGUGAACUUCAGUGCUCGUCAGAUGAACGUGAAUGGGUCAAGAUAAACGGAGGGUGAAGUAAAAUACAGUAUGUUUCCUGAGGCCUGAAAUAUGGCUACACAAGAUGCUGUAGCCUCACCAGUUUCUGCAUCACAUACCGCUCAGGGUACGGAGCCUUUUUAUUACAUUUUUACUUUCACCGUGCAUGCACUGGAAUAUUUUGCCUUGACAAUCCACCCGGUUUAUAAUUCUAGCCGUUUUAUACCAUGGGAUGAACAAUUAAAUCCAAAACCUCAUCAUUAAAUGUGUAUAGAACUAUUCUCUCUGGUUGAAUUGACUGGAGAACAGGGAAACUAAUUCGUAUGCUGUGAACAUUUGAGCAAAUACAUCAGCUGAUACUUUGAAAAAAAAACUGAUCACACUGUCGAUCGAUAUUUUUUUAUGUGACUUCAUAUCACAAAAUUUUGAGUGCGCAUACACAGUGCUUUUGAAUCGAAUGCAGUUUUUCCUUUGUUGAAUACAUUGGCAC